AUGAGCGACCAAACAACACCAAACGUCCCCGAAUGGACGCCCGACUCGUGGAGGUCGAAGCCCAUCAAGCAAUGUCCCGACUACCCAGACAAGGCGGCCCUUGAAAAGUCGGUCAACGAGCUCCAGAAGCUCCCGCCCAUCGUCCUCCCCAAUGAGAUCGUCCGUCUCCGCGAACACCUCCGCGAUGUCGCCCAAGGCAAGGCCUUCCUCCUCCAGGGCGGCGACUGCGCCGAGCUCUUCAGCUACUGCCAGCAAGACGUGAUCGAGUCCAAGAUCAAGCUUCUCCUACAGAUGUCGCUUGUCCUUCUCUGGGGCGCCGACAAGCCCGUCGUGCGGAUCGGUCGCAUGGCCGGCCAGUACGCAAAGCCUCGUUCUUCCCCCGUCGAGACCAUCAACGGCAAGGAAGUGCCCUCCUUCCGUGGCGACAUCCUCAACGGCUUCCACCCCGACGAGCGCGAGCUGGACCCCAACCGUCUUGUGCGCGCCUACCAGUACUCGUCCGCCACUCUCAACUACAUCCGCGGCGCCAUCGGUUCCGGCAUCGCCGACCUCCACGGUCCCCUCGACUGGGGCCUUGGCCACGUUCGCGACCCGGCCCUCAAAGCCAAGUACCAAGAAACCGUCGACCGCAUCCAGGAAAUGCUGCGCUUCAUGCACACCAUCGGCGCCGACCAGAACGAGAAGCUCUCCACCGUCGAACUCUUUACCUCGCACGAGGGUCUGCUCCUAGAGUACGAACAACCGCUCACCCGCCUGCUCAACCACCCCUCGGUUCGCGCCUACCCUCCCGACUCCACCACUCCCCCCAGGAAAGAAUACUACAACACCUCGGCGCACUUCCUCUGGAUCGGCGACCGCACGCGCCAGAUCGACCACGCGCACGUUGAAUACUUCCGCGGCAUCGCCAACCCUAUCGGUGUGAAGAUCGGCCCUUCCACCCCGACCUCGGACCUCCUGCCUCUCCUCCGCACCCUAAACCCCAACCGCGAACCAGGCAAGAUCACGCUCAUCACGCGCUACGGCGCCGACAAGGUCGCCUCUUUGCUACCGGCACACAUCCGCACCGUCGAGGACUCCGAGUACGCUCGCACCGUAGUCUGGCAGUGCGAUCCCAUGCACGGCAACACACAAUCCGUUACCGGCGGAAUUAAGACGCGCAAGUUCAGCAAUAUCUUCUCCGAGCUCCAACAAACUUUGCGCAUUCACAAGGAACAGGGGUCGUACCUGGGCGGUAUGCACUUGGAACUUACGGGCGAUGCGGUCACGGAGUGUCUUGGUGGUGGCGCCGGAUUGGAUGAGGAUGAUUUGAGUACUAACUAUACCAGCUUCUGCGACCCGCGGUUGAACGAGAAGCAGGCGCUUGAGCUGGCGUUCCUGGUGGCGGAUCAUUAUAGGCAGGAGAGGAUGGAGAAGAGGAAAGCGGCGGCGGCGGUUUAG